ACUUGUUUCUUACCUAAAAAGCUUCCUGACAGCGUAAAGUCGUGGAUUAUAGAUUGGUUUCGUGUCGGACUAUAAUAGAAUAGAAUAUAUAUACUAGCCUUCCAUGUUUGGUCAACAUGGUUGUUUUCACACCUUGUGUAGGUGGUCUAUAUUGAGAUUUUCAAACUGUCACUGAUUUUGACAAAUCGACAGAAGCUUGAGAACUUUUUGAGAUAAUAUAGAAUUGUGCUUCUCCCAAAGGAAUAAAAACGGAAUCAGCUUACGACAUCUAUACACGCACAGGUUUGACGCGGACGUCGGUUAUUGUGAUAAGGAGCUAUGCCACGCCAGAACGUGUAACAAUAUGGCCUCUGUUAAUACAGCGAACUUGGACGAAGUAUUUAAAUACUUGAGAGAAAAUAAACCAAUUACUUCGGACCUUAUCAAAAAGUCGUCAGCUGAUUAUGAAAACAUAAAGGUAGUUCUGCGAAAUGUAGAAGAGAAGAAGACUGAUGGACAGAAGCCAGACCCGGGGAGCGAUGUGUACAAGUGUCCUCUGUGUCAGAAGGACAUCCCCUACCCUGCCCCGCCCACAAACAAGAAUCAGGAGGAAAUCGAUAGACUAACACAGGAACUAGACGCUAGGACCCGCCAAUGUCAGCAGAUGGAGCAACACAUCGCUACACAGGAUCAGAAAAUGGCGAAGCUGAGACAGACCAGCGGUCACAGAAGCCCUGGUCCGCCACCGGCACGGGUAGUUGAUCCCGGUGAUCCCAAUCGAGCCCAACAGGUCGGGGAGCAAUAUGAGGAUCUAUAUGACACUGAGUGGACGGGCGCCUUCAAGUUCCUUGACAACACGAUGAACCUGCGGGAGGAUAAAGUCCUGGACACCCUCCUCAGGAUCCUCAGGGCCGCCUACUCUUUUUGUGACGAUAUCGCUCGAGCUCAAAUGAUGAACAUGGAGGGAGAGCUGUACUGCCCCUUGUCUACCUGGACAGAGGACGCUCGUGUAGACUUUAUUGGCAGAAAAACAACAUUUCCUCAAAAAUCAGCAAGAAUAGCCCACACUUACCGGAAGUCAACGUCAGCGGAGUGUGUACCGGCCAUUCAAAACGCCUUCAUUGCUCAGAUCCUGCCCGAGUUUAUGGACCCGACGUUAUACAACAACCGACAUGUUCUGUCAUACGUCAAACGCUGCGUGGAGAUCACGUGGUAUAUGGUCAUUCAGGAAACGCCAAUGGUGCUCAUCAGCAAAGUCAACCGGAAGUCACAAUUUGACAGGAAUCUCUUCCGGUAUUAUUCCAACCAAGGGGAUAAAUUUGACUUUGUUGUUUGGCCAGCUCUUUUGAUGUACACAGAGGGACCAAUAAUCAUAAAAGGAUUUGCAUAUGCUUUGGAUCCGAACCGAAGCAUUCCGAAUGUUAGAGAAACCGAAAUGGAAACUAAUCGUAUUCCUCCCAAGGGGAAAGAAAACAUGGUGGGUUCAGAAUUGAACCAGGGUCUUGCUGGUGGAACGCCAUGGGGGUCAAACUAUUUUUCAAACGCAGGCACCCCUUCCGUUGACCUUCCUCCACUUCCGUUAGAAAACGUGAGUCCCACGCGCGUCAGCCCUGGGCGGGCGUCUCGUGAAGAACAAAGACAGCUUACUGCAGCAUGGAAAGGGAAGGAAAAGCCUACGGCCCGACCUUAAGCUAUGGCUACACGGAAGGACAAGAAUCAGCAAAAGGCAAAAGAAAAACAUUAUUGCAAGCCAAGCGCAAAUCCGAGAACUACACAAUAUCAACUGUUUGUCUUUAAUUUGUUUUACUGAUUUUUUUUGUUGCAAAAUUAAAUGGAGUCUCGCACUACUGCAUGAACCAGGUUAUGUAUGACACACGCCCUCUAAUCCACAACGUAGACUGUCAGGUUCGUCCAGGCAAUUAUCCAUUUCAUGAAUAGAACAAACAUAUGCUUAGUUUUGCUUCUGCAAAUUUUAUCCUAUCACACUUUUAAAAUCAUUUUCCAAAAUACUACACAUGAGAUUUUGUAUCCAGCACCGUUGACAUAUAUAUGCAUCAAUGAUAUUUGAUAAGUAGCUUACUUUUACAAAAAAAAAGCAAUCAAAAUGUCAUAUCAUUAUUGAUCCAAGAAAGGCAUAAUCUCAUAAAUCCCGGAUUAAUAAUUGUAUUGCAUAGUCAAUAUAAUACAGGGUAGUUAUGUUAUA